AUGGCAGCCACCAUGGGCUCAGGAGUAAAAGUCCCUUGCAAUUUUCUACUGUUGGAAGAACUGGAAGAAGGCCAGAAAGGAGUAGGAGAUGGCACAGUUAGCUGGGGUCUAGAAGAUGACGAAGACAUGACACUUACAAGAUGGACAGGGAUGAUAAUUGGGCCUCCAAGGGUGGACCCAAGAGCCAUAUCCGUGCUAGCAAAAUGGCAGAACUCAUAUAGCAUCAAAGCUGUCCUGCAAGAGCUCCGGCGCCUAAAGAUGUCUAAAGAAAACAUGAAACUCCCUCAGCCGCCUGAAGGACAGUGUUACAGCAAUUAAUAAAAAAGAGAAACCACAGCCCCCCCCCCCGCCCCCCCAUUCGAUUUAAGCAGUCAUUUUCCACAGUAGUACAUUUUCUAGAUACGUCUUGUAGACCUCAAAAGUACUGGAAAGGAAGCUCCCAUUCAAAGGCAAUUUAU